AUGAGAACUCUUGAUAAAAAUAAUAUAUUUGACAAUCGAUUACAUAUGUAUCAGCAAUCGAAUGAAUUUUCUACGUUUUCUAAUAAUUUACGUAAUUGGAAAUCAGUUUCAAAUAUAUACUCAAAGAAAAAACUAUUAUAUCUUGAUGAAAUAAAACCUUAUUUACAAAAAUAUUUUAUUAAUCAUAUGUCUAUUAUUCAUCAAUAUUGUAAAAAAAAUAAUUUUAUUAAUAAACAAACAUUUGAACGUAUUUUACGAAGUUCAGGUAUUGUAAUUAAUAAUUCUAAUCUUGAAUCUUUAUGGAAUUCAUGUCAACCAUCUACUAAAGGUAUUUCUUAUGAAAUAUUUCUUCAAAAUUUUGUUCCAUGUCAGUUAGAAAAUAAUCAAAACUCAAUCGGUUGUUCAAAAGAUAAUCUAUUAUCAUCAAAUCAAUGUCGAAUAUUAAAUUAUUCAAUACGUAUUAAUCAUAUAGUUAAAAAAUAUUGGCAAAAUUUGAAAGAUGAAUUUUUUUCUCUCGAUCGAUAUGGUCGACUAUUUAUUACUAUUGAUCAAGCCAUUAAUUUAAUGAAAAAAUAUUGUUUUCCUUUGAAUGAUAAUCAACAAUGUGAACUUGCUUUAUUAUUUUCACCAAAAGCUAAUGGACAAUUUAAUUAUUUUGAUUUUAUGCAACAUUUUUCUAAUCAAUUAUCAUUAAAAAAUCUUAAUCAAAAUAUUUUUUCUCGUUCAACAUAUGUUAUUCAAUCAAAACAAUCUUGGACAUAUUCACCAAUUACAAUUAAUUGUAUUCUUAAUCGAAUUCGUUCUCAAUGUGUACAGAAUUAUGGAAAUAUCUAUCGCGUGUUUAAAAUGAUCGAUAAAAAUCAUCAAGGAUAUUUAACUCAAAUUGCCUUUAAACAAUUACUUAAACAAUUUAAUAUUCAUCUUAAUGAAGAAGAAUUCUAUCAUGUUAUAUCUGAGAUAGAUAAAAAUCAAGAUGGACUUAUUUCUUAUGAUGAACUCUAUUAUGCAUUAAUUAAUGAUGCUUUAAUAAUUUGA